AUGUUUGAAGGCUUAAGGGUUAAGGUUAUGGAGAAUAUGUCUAAGAGGAAGGUUGCAGGCAAGAGGUGGACCACUAUUUUGUGUCCUCCAAUAGAGGCUUUGUUGAAGAAAUCAAUGGAUAUUGGGCGGCAUUGGGCUGUUAGUAUGUCUUGUGAGACUGUUUUUGAAGUUCAUUUAGAUAAAUCGGUGGCAGUUGAUCUUGGGAACAACACUUGCUUUUGCCGUCAAUGGCAAAUUAAUUCAUUCCCAUGUUCACAUGCUCUUACUGCAAUCCAAAAGGUUGGAGUGGAACCUGUGUAUAGUUACAUUGAGGCGUUUUACACCUGUCAAAGCUACAUGGAUUCCUACGAGCAUGGUAUUCAUCCUAUACCAAAUAUGGAGAAGUUUUAUGAAGAUGCAGCUAGUUCAACUUUUGUUGUUAAGCCUCCAUUGGUUAGGAGGCCAUCUCGCUGGCCAAAAUCUGUUCGAAUGAAGUUUGCAGCAGAAGGAGGCAUGAGGAGGCGUAUCAAGUGUGGCCGGUGUGGUGAGUUGGGGCGCCACAACAAGAUAACGUGUACUGCGCCAAUCUGA